AUGAGAAUUCUAGGGCAAGAAAAUCCAGUUCCCUUUCCCCCUCCCCCUCCACCUAUCCCUCUCCCUCUCCCUCCCCUCCUUCUCCUCCUGUCUGGCUUUCCAAGCCUGCAGGGACAUUUUUGCCUUAUCAUCCUAUCCCUUAUUCUAUUUUUAUUAUAUCUCUUUUACCGACACAUUAAGCACAAUGGCGGCACUGAAGCUGCUCCUCCUGUCGCUGAUCCUCCAGUUGCUGAUCCUCCUGUUGCUGAUCCUCCAGUUGCUGAUGCCGCCCCUCCUGUCGCUGAUCCUCCAGUGGCUGAUCCUCCUGUUGCUGAUCCUCCCGUGUUGAGCAUCACCUACGGUGCUGGUGCUGUUAUUCCGUUCGACCAAAUUGAGUGUCCGAUUUGUCUCAGCGACUUUGAGAACCUAGAGGAGCUGAUUCAAAUCUCUUCAUGCAGGCAUGUGUUCCACCGUGAUUGCAUGGACGCCUAUUUGAGAAACUUGGUCAGUCAAGAGAUGGAAGCAGCCAUGGGGACAGCAACUUCCACUUUUACCCCAACAAUCUCCUUGAUUUUAUGGCAUGUUGUAUUUGGAAUUCGAGUUGCUCAAUUCAGCGACUCGAAUCUGUGA